GGCGGUGGUCCGCCAUUUCGUGGACGCCGGGUGAACGAGUACGUCUGUUACAACCAUACGGAAGGGGAGCGGGAAGAUCGUUCGAGCGUGUGGGUUUGAUCCUCCGCGUUUCAGCCCAAAAUCUCGAAAUGCAUCGUGAUUCCUGUCCAUUGGACUGUAAAGUUUAUGUAGGUAAUCUUGGAAACAAUGGCAACAAGACUGAAUUGGAACGAGCUUUUGGAUAUUAUGGACCACUCCGAAGUGUAUGGGUUGCUAGAAACCCUCCCGGCUUUGCUUUUGUUGAAUUUGAAGAUCCCCGGGAUGCCGCUGAUGCUGUCCGAGAACUAGAUGGAAGAACACUAUGUGGCUGUCGUGUAAGAGUGGAGCUGUCGAAUGGUGAAAAAAGAAGUCGUAACCGAGGCCCUCCUCCUUCUUGGGGUCGUCGCCCUCGAGAUGAUUAUCGUAGAAGGAGUCCUCCUCCUCGCCGCAGAUCUCCAAGAAGGAGAAGCUUCUCGCGCAGCCGAAGCAGGUCCCUUUCUAGAGAUAGGAGAAGAGAAAGAUCACUGUCUCGGGAAAGAAAUCACAAGCCUUCCCGAUCCUUCUCUAGGUCUCGUAGCCGUUCUAGAUCUAAUGAAAGAAAAUAGAAGAUCAGUUUGCAAGAGGAGUGGUGUACAGGAAAUAACUUCAUUUGACGGGAGUAUGUACAGAAAAUUCAAGUUUUGUUUGAGACUUCAUAAGCUUGGUGCAUUUUUAAGAUGUUUUAGCUGUUCAAAUUUGUUUUUUGUCUCAAUGGUGACACACAUGAGGAUGUAACUCUAUGGUUUAAAAUUGAUCAUAUGAGGCAUGUUGUAAUAUCAAGAAUUUGUUACUUUACAAUGUUCCCUUAAGCAAAAUUGAAUUUGUUUUGAAUUUUUAGUCUUGUUUUAGACGGAUAAUAAACCUCUAAAUCCUGUCCAGCCAGAGUGUGCUGUUUUAAUAGUAUGGAAAUAAAACUGGCAAAAAUUAAGGUCUUUAAUUUUUGUCCAUAGCUGGGAAGUAGUAUGCAAUUGUAGUUGAAAAAGCAGUCUUUUAAAAGUGCUGUGAAUACAAGCCAGCUGGUAAAAAAAAAAAAAUUUAAAUUAGAUCAGAGGUUUUAAAAAAAUUACAGUCUUCACUGGGCACGAUUGCCCAGUUGGUGUAGAAUCUGAUGUUUCAAGAAAGUUACCUUUGCUUUUAGGUCAAGUUCCUUAUGUGAUUGCUGUGUAUUGAAUACAUAGCUGUUUAAUAACAUCCUUUUGCGGGGGGUGGGGUGGAAUUUGAGACUGUUAAAAGAUAUCUGUGUCCUGCCAGUUUAAGGGUACAUUGUAGAGCUAAACUUUGAGUUACUGUGCAAGAUUUUUUUCAUGCUGUCAUUUGUAAUAUGUUUUAUGAGAAUCCUUGGGAUUAAAGUUUUGGUUACAAAUUGUUGUUUAACUUGAAAGCCUGAAAGCCUGUUUUUCCUUGCAAAUCUGUGAGCUUGGUACCAAGUGCAGGUAUAACAUUCCUGUUGGAAGCCAUACUUAAUAUUUUCUUGUAAAGUGCUUUUGAAGUAAUAAAAUAAUAGCAUAAUUGUGUUAUACUAGUCGAAUCCACUGUUACUACAGUUCUUGUCCUAUGGAAAGCAGUUGGUUACACAGUUCUUAAUUUUAAAAGAAAUAAUUGAGGCACAAUGGAUUUAAUCUUUUCAAGUGAAGGGUAUUUUGGGUUAUCACCUAAAUGAUGGUUAGUAAUCCAUUUUUUAGGAGUAGAAACCAGUUGGGGGUCCAUGACAGUGAACAACAUAUAUGAAGUACAGCAACCAUGGUAUAUUGUAACCAAAGUAAGUAGCCCAUAAAAAAGGUUUUUUAUCAUUAGCAUGAAAACUUUGAUUUCAGAAUUAAAAAAAAGCUUCCUUUUUAUAUAAUUUGAGAUGUUGCAUGGGAAUUCUAAACUGAUCCAUCAAUCCAUCAUGAUGUAAAGUUUACAACAUGGUUAAGAUGUAAUAGUGCAGAAUUGAAUAAUAUGGAGGCAUGCAUAACCUUUCUCUUAGAAAUUGGGAGGAGUUGUAAUAUUUCACAUUUUUGUGCAGUUAGAUUAAAUCAUAAUGCAACAGUCUUGUGGCCUAGUUUCCUUAAAUGCUGUACUGACUUUGUCUUUAGUGUGGAACAUAAGUCAUUGCAUUAAAAGUUGAAUUUAUAUAAGGAUAAAUAAGAUGUAGGUCCUGAAUAAAAGAUUUCCAGUGGUUAAAAGACCUGUCUUAUAAAUCUCAGAGGAAAGAAUUUGGUGUCACCAAGGUUCAGCAUGAAUCUUUUCCACAGUUGUACAUUUUGAUUUACUGAGAGUCUGGAUUUGGGGCUUUUUGCCUUUUGGCAUUUCCCCAUAGCCUAAAAGCUUAGGAGCGUGCCACAUAGAUAAAAAGUCAAGAGUAAUUAAUGUUACAUCAAUAUUUACUUUGGUUUUUAUAAUUGUACCUUUAUAUGAGUAUUUUUGGUUUUAUACAACAUGCGAAGAAAUUUGGGUUUCCAUAAAAAGGAUAAUAGCCUGCUUACGCAUAUGAUGAGACUGACAAAAAUAAUACUGGAUCUGUUGGCUUGUAGAAAAUGAACCUGUUGAAACAUUGUGUUGCAUUUAGAUUGUAGUGUUUGAAAGUUCUGCAGUUCUUGUAAUUUCUAAAAUUAUUUUGUAUAGUCUUGUCAAGCAUCCUCUGCAUUCACUACAAUACUAAAAGCAGUCACAAAAUUACUUGACCUGUGGUAUAGUGGGAUUUCAUCCAGAGGUCACUAUUAAUAAAAUAGUAAAUUUAAUGUAAUUUAAGGAAACAUCUAAGGAUUAUAGUUGGUUUUUAUAGAGUCCAGAACAUUUAACUUCAUCCAUAGUUACUGGUUCAUUAUGGGCUGCUUCUGACCUCCAUGUUUUUAAGACAGAAAAGGAAGUGAAGAAAGAUUAAGUUGCCCAGAAAAAAGUUUUUUAUGCAACAGUACACCUUUUAUCUACCAUUUAUAUGCUUGACUAUCUUCCACUCUUUGCAAAAAAAAAAAAAAGUGUGAUCUGUUACUGGCACUGUUCAUUA